AGGUGUUGUUUUCCACAUCGCCAAAGAAGAAGAAACGGCUCAGAUCGAAGCGUUCUCUCUUUAAAAGAAUAAGUGUGGAAAGGAUGCCCGACGAUGGGAGUGGCGCCAUCUGCCGUCUGGAUGUCCGAGUGUCCAACGAGUCUUUCGCUUCCCUCUGCCAGGGGGCGCUGGAUGUCAUCGGCAUGGUCAAGAACUGGAAGCGGGACCAGAUAGACUUCGAGCUGUUCAAGGAUGGCAUCACCAACCACCUGCUGCGCUGCUACCUGAGGGCCAGCCCCGAUCAGGCGGUCCUGAUCAGGGUCUACGGGGAGAAGACGGAGCUGUUCAUCGACCGGGACCAGGAGGUGAGGAACAUGAGGGCCAUGUGCGGGGCGGGACUGUGCGCCCCCCUGCACUGCGCAUUUGCCAACGGACUGUGCUACGGGUACUCCCCGGGGGAGGUGCUGGACACGGAGACUGUGCGGGACCCCGACAUCGCCAGGUUGAUUGCCCGUCGUCUGGCCAGGAUGCAUGGAGUGCGUUCUGGUUCUAAUGGGGUGGUGCCCCGCCCCUCCCUCUUCCCCGUUCUGCACAAGUACCUGGGCCUGGUGCCACACUCCUUCACAGACCCCCUCAAGGACGAAAGGUUGAGGAGCUGCAUUCCUUCGCGAGAGGAGUUGGAGGCUGAAGUGGAGACCCUCAAGGAGCACCUGGUGCCCCUUGAUUCUCCUGUGGUCUUCUCGCACAACGACCUCUUGCUGAAAAAUGUCAUCUACAACAAGGAGAAACAUGAAGUAACCUUCAUUGACUAUGAGUAUGCAGACUAUAACUACCAAGCCCUGGACAUUGGUAACCACUUCUGUGAGUUCGCGGGGGUGGACAAUUUCGACCCCCAGCUGUAUCCAGACAAGGAAUUCCAAUUGGUGUGGCUGAGGGAGUACCUGGAGGCGUGGCGCCAGUCCGAGCCAAUCACGGACAGGGACGUCGAGAGGCUCUACGUACAGGUCAACAAGUUUGCCCUGGCUGCCCAUCUGUUCUGGGGUGUCUGGGCUCUGAUCCAGUCAGCACAUUCCACGCUAGACUUUGAUUUCCUCGGGUAUGCCAAGGAGAGGCUGGACGAAUACUUCGCUCGUAAAGACGAAUUCCUGUCUCUCGAACUGGAUCCAGAAAGUGGCGAGAACCAUCGGUGA